CGUCCCAGCCCCUGCGAGGAAGCGGCGCGGCUUCCUGCGGCUAGGGACGGGGAUAUAGGCGCCCCCGCCCCGGCCCGGCUCUGCGCCGCCGCCGCUCCUCGCCUGCUCGCCGCGCGAUGGCCUCGCUCCGGGCGGAGCGCGCCCCCGGAGGCCCGCGGCUCCCCGCGACCCGCGCCGGGCGACCCGCAGCGCUCCGCCUCCUCCUGCUGCUGGGCGCCGUCCUGAAACCCCAGGAGUCCCUAGCUCAGCCUUUUCCCACCCAAGACGACUUAAAGUCAGAAGGAAAAACGGUGGAGGAGAACUAUGAAACAAAAGCCCAACUUUGCUGGCUCUGUUAUAAGGAUCAGAUGGAUUCUAUCGAAAAGGAUUGGUGUGACUGGGCCCUGAUUAGCAGGCCUUAUAGCGCCCUUCAAGAGUGCUUGGAACAGGAAGCAGAGGAGUUCGGCCUGGGCUUCCCCAAUCCCUGGGCAGAACGGAUCAUCUUUGAGACUCACCAGAUCCACUUUGCCAACUGCUCCCUGGUGCAGCCUACCUUCUCAGACCCCCCAGAGGAUGUGCUCCUGGCCAUGAUCAUAACCCCCAUCUGCCUCAUCCCCUUCCUCGUCACCCUUGUGGUGUGGAGGAGUAAAGACAGUGAAGCCCAGGCCUAGGGUGGUGUGAGCUCUUCUGCAGCCAUCUCAUACCUUUCCUCUGCCUCCACCAGCUCUCUCCUCCCCUCCCUACUUCCUUCUCUCAGCCCUACCGCGGAUCUCUAGAUUGGUGGAAAUGGAAGCUGGGUGGGGUCACGGCACACAUUCUGUAAUCUUCAAAAUAAAGUUUGUUUGUUUUUUUUUAA